AAGUCAGAGUGCCAAUCAGUCCAAGCCUCUAUUCUCCUGUAUGAGGGGAGUCAAAGACCAUCAGACCCCAAAGGAGUCCAUAUCCAGAUCCCCACAUCGCUCUGUCUCUUCCCCCUCCUCCAUCUCUCCCUCCUUUCUCCUUCUAUGUGAGAGGCAGGAGGAGUUCAGGAAGAACAUAAUCUCUGCAAAAACCCAACACAGCCCCAAGAAGAAAACUAAACCCCACUCCCUGAGGUCCCCCCACCCCCAAGAGCUAACAAUCCAUCGGGGCCUCUGGGAGUGAGAGCUAAAAAAAAUGGAGGGGAAACUAAUUCUUCUUUCUGUGUCUCUUUGCUGCUUGGGGUGGAUGCCAGCCUCCGGACAGGUGGAGAAGGUCCGAGUGAUGUUCACUCCUAUGAUCUGUCGUGUGCACUGUGUGGGCGACCGGUGCACUAACCGAUGUGAGAAAGGAAACAUGACCACCGUCUAUAGUGAUGAAGUGGCCAAGAACAAGGGAGAACAUGGAUUCCGAGCCUUUGUUUGCCCUCUACUGUGUAAAAAUGGAGGUAUAUGCGUUAAAAAGGACCAGUGCCUCUGCCCGCCAAGCUUCACUGGGAAGUUCUGCGAGACUUCUUUAUACCCUGGCGCAGGGAUCGCUGCAUACACAAUCAGAAACAGUAGCGUGGAACAGAAUCUGAAGACUAAAUCUGUGCACACAUUACCUCUGUCUAACCAUCAGCCGGAGAAAGAUGGAGCAUCAUCCCUCGUUAAUGUUCACAUAGAACACCCUCCCGAGGCCUCUGUGAACAUCCAUCAGGUGGAACGCGUCGACGGUCGUGUUGGCCUCGCAAAUGCUGACCACAGGGGCUUCUCCCGUCACCAAGAGAACAGGGUCCCCCUGUAUAGAAUACAGGCUCAAAGCAGCCCCAGAAUCAAUGGCUACACUGAAAACUCUGGCUACGGCCUCUGCUUCCGACGACUGGAAAAUGGACAGUGUGGUUCACCUAUCCCUGGCCUGAGGACUCAGGAUAUCUGCUGCCGGGGGUCUGGAGUGGCCUGGGGGAUCCACGACUGCACACCCUGCCCUGGGUUCAAUGGAGAGGGUACAUCAGGAAGCCUUUUGCAAUCACCUUGUCCUAAAGGUUUUGAAAGAAUCAAUGGAACAUGUACAGACAUAGACGAGUGUAAGGAUCCGUCAUUGUGUCAGAAUGGUGACUGCACCAACACUAGAGGGAGCUUUGCCUGUGUGUGCAAAGAAGGCUACCUUCUGGACUCCUCAAGGAGCAGCUGUAUAUCUCACCACGUGAUCUCGGAAGCCAAAGGUCCCUGUUUCAGGAUCUUGCGGGAUGGUGGUUGCUCCCUUCCUAUCCUUAGGAAUAUCACUAAACAGAUUUGUUGUUGCAGUCGUGUAGGAAAAGCUUGGGGCAAAGGUUGUGAGAGUUGUCCUCCCUUUGGCUCAGAGGGAUUUAAAGAGACAUGCCCUGCUGGUCCAGGUUACCAUUACUCAGCCUCAGACUUGAAAAUUAACCAUCGCUAUGUUGGUCACGAUCAGACUAGAGUUCCUGUAGCGCGUCAGCCUGGAUCCAGACUACUGACCCCAACCACUGCUGUACCACCACAGAAGCCUGUCACAAGUCGUCUCAUUGUGGAGGACAGAAGACCAGAUGAUCAGAGCAGGGCACGUGCUCCGCCACAGAGCCCAGAUAGGACACGGCUACAAACCGACAGGUCACCUUAUAUUAUACAAAGAAUUCUGCCCACCCGGUCACCAUCACAGGUGGAACGUAUAGAGCCUGAAGUGGAGUCUCCCCCUCAGGAAGCCAACUUGUGUGAGCGGAAUCCACAGAUCUGUGGUCCUGGACGUUGUCAGCCGCGUCCCGGUAGUUACACCUGUGUGUGCAACAAUGGCUACUGGUUGAGCACACAAGGCACCCAUUGUAUUGAUAUGAAUGAAUGUCAACAGAGGCCAAGCCCGUGUGUCAAUGGCCGCUGUGAAAAUACAGUGGGCAGUUUUCGCUGCGCCUGCUCGGCCGGUUUCAGCACCAACCCACAAGGCACCGAGUGUACAGACAUUGAUGAAUGUAGCAGCGGACAACAGCUCUGUUCCAAUGGUCGAUGCGAAAAUACUGCUGGCAGUUACCGAUGUGUCUGCCCAUCAGGCUUUAGCCUCAAUGCGCAGGGAAACACGUGUGUAGACAUCGAUGAGUGUCGGGUUACUCCUAGACGGCUCUGUCAGAACGGUCGAUGUGAGAACACCCCUGGAAGUUACCGCUGUGUGUGUCCUGCUGGGUUCACUGCCAACGUGCAGGGCACAGAUUGUCAAGAUAUAGAUGAAUGCCGCCAAACACGUCCCUGUGGAUCUGGAAGAUGCCUCAAUACUCCUGGAAGUUUCCGCUGUUCUUGUUCAACCGGGUACAGGCUGACCCCACAGGGCACUGACUGUAUUGACAUUAAUGAGUGUGAAAAUCCUGGAGCCUGUGCAGGUCAAGAGUGUGUCAACACCCCAGGGUCCUUCCAAUGCAGACAGUGCCACGCCGGAUACAGGCUCCAGAACCGCCGCUGUGUGGAUAUCAAUGAGUGUCUGACUGAGUCUUCAUGUGGACCUAAUGGAAAGUGUAUCAACACUGAUGGCUCUUACCAGUGUGAAUGUGCGCCUGGAUUCAGACUGAGCAGUGACAGAACGCAGUGCACAGAUAUCAAUGAGUGUCUAGAAGGAGACUACUGCUUCCCACGUGGUGAGUGCCAGAAUACAGAAGGCUCUUACAGAUGCGUGUGCGCAGAGGGCUAUGUUACUGCUCUUGAUGGUUCAUCAUGUGUUGACAAGGAUGAAUGUCAGACAGGCACCUUCUGCCAAGGAGGACGCUGCACCAACACCCUGGGGUCCUUCCAGUGUCUAUGUCCUACUGGUUUAAGAGCCACUCCUGACAACACCAGGUGUAUAGAUAUCGAUGAAUGCCAGGAGCGAGGAGCAGCCAUCUGCGGUACACAAACCUGUGAAAAUACACUUGGGUCCUAUAGGUGCAUUGCCUCCUGUGAUAGCGGAUAUAGAGUAACAGCCUCUGGUGACUGUGCGGAUAUUAACGAGUGUGCUAAUAACUCGACAAUCUGUGGAGACAACGCUGUGUGUGAGAACCUUAUUGGCUCCUACCGAUGUACCUGCAACUGGGGUCAUGAGAUGUCCAGUGAGGGUCAGCACUGUGUAGACAUAGAUGAGUGUCUAGAAUAUGGAGAUUCAAUCUGUGGAUCGAUGCGAUGCCAGAAUACACCAGGAUCCUACAAAUGUAUAACUGACUGUGAGCCCGGGUAUCAGCUUUCUCCAUCUGGAGACUGUACUGAUAUCAACGAGUGUCUAAAUAAGACUGUCUGCGGAGAGCAUGCCUUGUGCCUCAAUCUAGUGGGAUCCUACCAAUGCCUGUGUGACCAGGGCUAUGAGGGGGAAAGGGGCGACCAGCGCUGUGUGGAUGUUGAUGAGUGUGAGACCUUACAAGGAGUAUGUGGGACAGCUCUGUGUGAGAACGUGGAAGGAUCCUUCCUCUGUAUCUGUCCUACCAGCAAUGAAGAGUUUGACCCAAUGUUCGGAAAGUGUAUACCGACACCCUCUGCGGCCCGUCCAGCAUAUCCAAGCAAUACUGCCCUAACCAGGGUGGAAUUUGUGCCUACUCCAGGCCUCAAUGAAUGCUACUACAACUUGGAAGACUCCAACGUGUGUGAGAACGUGCUCUCCAGGAAUGUCAGCCAGGUUGAAUGUUGCUGUACAGUUGGCAAAGGAUGGGGACAAGCAUGCCAAAUCCAGAGAUGUCCCAGCAUGGAAUCAGCUGAAUACCGAAGGCUGUGUCCUGAGGGAGUUGGCUAUAUCACAUCAGGUCAAGGAAGCAAAGAUGUUGAUGAAUGCAAGCUCUUUGGGCCAGAACUGUGUAAAGGAGGUGUGUGUCUUAAUAAGGAUCCGCUGUUUGCCUGCUACUGCUCUAAUGGCUACUACUAUGACGUCCAUCAAAUGGAGUGUGUAGAUAAUGAUGAAUGUCAGGAUGAAGACGUAUGUGAAGACGGCAGUUGUAUAAAUACAGUCGGAUCCUAUUUCUGCACGUGUAGUCCCCCGCUGGUGCUUGACACGUCACUGAGGAGAUGCAUCACUAACACAAGCCAGUCUAUAGAAAACACUAUAGGCGUGUGCUGGCGAACAGUCGGAUCAGAUCUGCUGUGUAAGCGCCCUCUAAUGGAGGCGCAGACAACGUACACAGAAUGCUGCUGCCUCUAUGGAGAAGCCUGGGGCAUGAAUUGCGCUCUUUGCCCGUCCAGAGACUCUGAUGAUUUUGAGGCUCUCUGCAGUGACUUCAGAUCUCCAGGAUAUGGAAAUCCAGCACCUCCUGCUCCUGAUCCGUAUGAAUAUGGACCAGAAUAUGGUCAAGGUUAUGGAGUCCCAUAUGGAGCUGAUGCUUUUGCGAACCCUGCUCCUGGAAUAGUCAGACCUGGAUAUGAAGCCUACCCUGCACCUCCUGGAGUAGGGUUUGGAUCCCGUCCACAGCCUCCCUAUGGUCCUCGAGACUCUGUGUACAGCCUCCCACCUUUUGAGUCUCCAGACUUUGAGUCUGAUAUUUCAUAUCCAGACACAGGUUUAGAUGAGUCAAGACUACCUUUCCGAAGACCAGAAACUCCUUAUGAUCCCAGACUGCGACCAUCUCCACCACGUACCAGACCAAGAAGUCCUGGCUCUGCUGGGGUUGGAUUAGAGGAUGGACGAAGGACACAGCCACGGAGGCCUGGAGGACUUGAUUCAGAUGGCUUUCCAAGUUGGAGAGGGGGGCUGAGGGAAGCAUAUGAUGACCGAUAUGAGCAGUUUGAAGGUCUCCAAGCCGAAGAGUGUGGGAUCCUCAAUGGUUGUGAAAAUGGUCGAUGUAUUAGAGUCCCAGAAGGUUAUACUUGUGACUGUUAUGAUGGUUACAGGUUGGACAUCACAAGAAUGGCAUGUGUUGAUAUAAAUGAAUGUGAUGAAGCUGAGGAUCUCUCUCUGCUGUGUCUGAAUGGGCAGUGCCAUAACACUGAUGGGUCCUAUGAGUGCACCUGUCCCCGUGGCUACGUCCUGUCUCGACAACACAACUACUGUGUCCCUUCCCAGGAAUAAAUUACCCACAGUCGAUUCCAUGAAGAACCAAAGACUUCCUGCGAUGGCGAGUCUAUGUCCACGUCGCUGUGUGUGGAAUGAGGGGGGUGGGGGGGGGAGCUUGCGUGAAAGACAGUAGGAAGAUAUUUAUUUUUCUGUAUAUAUUGCCAAAUGUUUAAUGGUCUUUUUAGUGCAGUCAGUUGUGGGCAACCCAUGAGAGUUUUAUGUUAAUAACUAGGGAUGAGCGAAUCAAUAUGUCUCAUUCCCACGGUGAAGAAGUGCCCACCCUCUGCUUGACUGACAGGGCCGGACAUCUUGUUGGGUCCUGUCAAUCUCGUGCCUGCGUUGCUCCUCCAAGUAGCGGCGCAAGCUCAGAGGCUCUGCUUUGGUUUCUGUGCAGCGCCUGUUCAUACGCUGCUACCUGGAAGUAUAGCGGUGCGUCGGCAGUCGUUUGCUCCAGAAACGGAAGCAGAGCUUCUGCGCUUGCGCCGCUACUCGGGGCAGCUGUGCAGACGCGAGAUUGACAGGGCUGGGAAGAGUUUUCCUGCCCUGUCAAUCAAAUGGCAGGUGGGCGCUUCUUCACCUGUGGGGACAGUCCCUCACAGGCGAAGAACUUUUGCUAUUGAGAUAAUAGUCUGAAUCAAUUUGCUUGUCCCUAUUAAAAAACUUUAUCACAAUUGCUUAUUUCUUAAAGGAUGUUGGGAACAGAAGCAACCACUGUUUUAUGUCUUCAGGUCUGCAAAUUAGCUCUCCUCACUAGUGCCACCUACGGGUAACUAGAGAGAGUUGUCUUCCCUCUGGAGGAGAGCUCAUUUGCAUACCCCUUUUUCCCAGGGAUCAUUGCCUGUAAGACUCUUUACACCAGCUGGAUCUCCACAAGGAGAACCAGAACCCCGCCAAAAGCUGUCUUCAAGUAGUUAGACAGGGGGUGGAAAAAGUUUAGAAAUCUAUUCGCAAAGGAUGGAGACAUGGGGGCACAUUUAUCAAGCUCGCCUGUUUUUGCCCAUAAAAUUAGACAGGUGUGUUUCAGUCUUCUUUCUUUUGACGAGCAUUUAUUAAAAGUCGCAGAGCAGUUCAUGAAUUAGACUCAGCAUAUUUUUAUUGGGCUGCUCUCUGGUGGUUUCAGUUAGCCAGGUUCAUAUUUACUUAGGCUGGUCUACUGUAUUUGCACAUGAAAAAAGUUGAAUUUUCGCGGAGAAAAGUGGCAUGUCCUCAGAAAAGUGCGACUUUUAAUACAAAAAAAAAGUUGCACUUCACCACUGAAAACAGACGAAUAAAAGUACGCCACCCGUGGAGUAGAAAUUAGACUGUUUUUGUGAGAAAUUCAGGCGCACAAAAAGGUGAACCUACAUAAAUGGGUGGGAAAAAAGUUGCAUAAGUUAAAAAACUUCAGAAUUAGUCUAAAUGACCACAAUAGUCAAAUAAGGAGCAAAAGCCUCCAAAACAGGUGCGAUUUCAGUAGUAAAUGCGAC